AUGCUUCUAAUUCAGCUCAUGCGAUUCAAACAGCAUGCAAACACAAAUUUAUUCUUUUUUGAAUACAAGUGUUCGUGCACGUUACAAUGGAAGGAAAUUGUGCUCCUUCAGGAUAACUCAGUUGUGUGCUCUGCACCACCGAAACAACUGGGAAAGGACAUUGAAGUCAUCUCGGCGAAAAUGCCUUUGGAACAACAGAUAUUGUUUAGUGACGAAACAAGAACCAGAGCCAAUUUGCUGAAAGAUAAAGAAGGCUUGGGACAGCUUAGCAAAGACUUGAAGGCCUUUGCGGAGAAGAAUUUCGGCGAAUACUGGCAAGUGGCAAUUGUACGAGGAGACUUUUGGGCCACUUUCUCACAUCUUGCGGAUUCGUCUUUUCAAUUUCAUCUGAAUGGACGUUCUUAUCUCUUCUGGAAGACAUCAUAA